UGCGCCUGCGCGGGAGGCGGCGGGCGGGGUUGCGGUUCCCGGCACGCCCUGAAAGGAGGCGGCGUGUGGGCCGCGGGCCCGUAGUCAGCAGAGUGCCCGGUCCGGCAGCGAUGGACGCUAUGCGGCUCUGCGCGCUCUGGCUGCCCGGCCUGACCCUCAUCCGCCCGGGGUCGGGAACGGGCCCCGGAGACCCGACUGUGCCGGGAUGCUCUAAUUUCUCCUUCAAGUCCUGUGAAGACUGUCUAAAAAAUGUUUCAUAUACCAGAUGAAGAAGAGGAAAGGCUUGCCAGAGAUCGAGAGGAGAGACGAAUGCAAUCUCUUCAGCGGAAACAUGAAAGAAAAAUGAAACAGGAUGAGAUACGCAAGAAAUAUGGUCUCCUUCAGGAUUCUGAUCAUCCUUACAGUAGAUUUGAGAAUGAAUGAAAACAGACACUGUUGAAUCUCCUCAUCGAAAGCUAAGAUUCCAGGAUAAAUGAGCACUUUUUUAUUUUGCUUUUCAGCGGUCUUCAGGCUGCUUUUUUUUUUUUUUUUUUUUUUUUUUUUUUUUUUGCAAGUUUUCAGACAGUAAAAAUAAGUGCACAAAUAUCUACUAAAAUACGUAUAUUUUAAAUCUGGCAUAUUUACCUUUUAGAGCUAAAUUUUUAUGAACACUUUUGGUUUUUGAAAUGUUUGCCAAUUGUGCUCUCAUUAAAUAAAUCUUUUCUUUGGAAUCUGAUUUAAAUAGUUAGCUUCCUAAUCAUGUAAUAUCUUAGCUCACCUUUCUCUUAAAAAUUCCUCUGUUCCCAUUUUCCUAAAUAAAGAUUUUCUUUCUAAAUCUGUUGUAUGCAUAUAAGUGGUGGCAAGAAUAAAGGAAGUGCUUGACACUGCAGAAAUAUGGUACUGAUGUUGACAAGAAAUAAUUACAGCAUACAAAUUCUUUAGUAUCAAAAUAGUAUGUAUAGUAUUUUAAAGAUGCAAAAUGUGAUUUUUUUUUUUUUGGUGUACAUAAUCUGAUGUAAUAGAAAUGCUCGUAUAUUACCAGGCUGUGUCCUUGGUGUGGAGAAAAAAGUCUUGAGUUAGUAAAACGGGCACAGAAUCUUUUUGAAAUUCAUGCAAAAUCUGAAUAUACAUUUGUAUAUAAGCUUGAGAGGCAAUAUCAGGCUGUUUAAAACACUUUCUUCCAUGAACAGUUCUCUAAAUUAAAAAUACUGCAUAAUGCCAAGAUAGCAUCAGUUUAACAGUAUAAUGAUUUCAUAUUUUUUACCUUUGAGUUUUUUGUGGGAAAUGUUCAUAAUGCAUUGAGUUCUGUCAUCUUCCUGGUUUGGUGAAUUUUUGUUUUUUUUUUUUUCCCCCUUUUCUCACACAAAUGCCUUCAUUGAGCAUUUUAAAUAACUUGCUGACAUGAUGCAGCAUGAAGAGGUUCAUUCUUUUUUUCCUCCUUCAUAUUUAAUGUGAAUUUCCAAUUCUAUAUAGUUGGAAUUUACUGUGUACUAUCUUCUGCUGAAUAAAUUUACAGUACUGAA